GGUCAGACGUGUCCCGGUGCCUAGCACCCAAUUACCCAAUUACCUGUCCAGUGCGAAAGUACCACAAACACUAUCCAGGAAUGCAGUUCCGGUGUGCAAUUUAAUUCGGCCGGGUUAUUAUUAGUGCAUUGGCAACCGCUACGGUUAUUUUUAAAGUGCGCGAGCGGUUUUGAAAACACGAAUGCUAUUUUGACUUGAAGAUUUUCAAAAAGAAGGAGGAUGGACAUCAUGCGGCCAUCAUGCGCCCUCUUUUUCCUACUGCUCACGCUUUGCCUGACCCACAUCACGCAGUCCAUGAACGUCGGCAAGAUCAUCAACUUCAGGGAGAAGGAGAAACAGAUCCUGGACCAGAUCCUCGGUCCGGGGCGGUAUGACGCCCGCAUCCGACCCUCGGGCAUCAACGGCACUGGCGACGGUGCCACUCUAGUACACGUGAACAUGUAUCUACGAUCGAUCAGCAAAAUAGAUGAUUAUAAAAUGGAAUAUUCAGUCCAGUUGACGUUCAGGGAACAGUGGUUAGAUGAGCGGCUGAAGUUCAACAAUUUGGGAGGUCGCCUCAAAUACCUAACCCUGACCGAAGCCAACCGCGUCUGGAUGCCCGAUCUGUUCUUCUCCAACGAGAAGGAGGGUCACUUCCACAACAUCAUCAUGCCGAACGUGUACAUCCGUAUCUUCCCCAACGGGACUGUGCUGUACAGCAUCCGUAUCUCGCUGACUCUGUCUUGCCCCAUGAAUCUGAAGCUUUACCCGCUGGAUAAGCAGACCUGCUCGCUGAGGAUGGCUAGCUACGGUUGGACGACGGACGACCUGGUGUUCCUCUGGAAGGAAGGCGAUCCUGUGCAGGUGGUGAAGAACUUACACCUGCCGCGGUUCACUCUGGAGAAGUUCUUAACGGACUAUUGCAACAGUAAAACCAAUACAGGCGAAUACAGCUGCCUGAAGGUAGACCUGCUCUUCAAGCGCGAGUUCAGCUACUACCUGAUCCAGAUCUACAUCCCGUGCUGCAUGCUGGUCAUCGUGUCCUGGGUGUCCUUCUGGCUGGACCAGGGAGCGGUGCCGGCUCGCGUGUCGCUGGGAGUGACCACCCUCCUCACGAUGGCGACUCAAUCAUCAGGCAUCAACGCCUCCCUCCCCCCGGUGUCAUACACCAAAGCCAUCGACGUGUGGACCGGGGUGUGCCUGACGUUUGUCUUCGGGGCACUCCUGGAGUUCGCCCUGGUCAACUACGCGUCCCGGUCUGACAUGCACCGGGAGAACAUGAAGAAGACCAGGCGGGAGAUGGAAGCUGCAGCCAGUAUGGAUGCAGCCUCUGAUAUGCUGGACACAGACAGCAACGCCACUUUUGCUAUGAAGCCGCUGGUGCGCGGUGGCGACAAGAUGAGGCAGUGCGAGAUCCAUCUGAAGGCGCCCCGCAAGAACUGCUGCCGGCUGUGGAUGUCCAAGUUCCCAACGCGCUCGAAGCGGAUCGACGUCAUCUCCAGGAUCACCUUCCCGCUGGUGUUCGCGCUUUUCAACUUGGCCUACUGGUCGACCUACCUGUUCCGCGAAGAGGACGAGGAGAAGUGAUUCUCCGGGAAGGUCGGCGGCGCCGCGCAGGUGGCACCACUGGUGGUGGCCGUGCUGGCACCGUACGCUCUGUUCGCGCUCGCCUACGCCCUGUUCCUGCGGCCGGAUGACUCCGACGAUCCCCGUGCCCUCUCCCUCUCGCGAGCCCGGGCCCGCCGCUCCGUCAGCGCCAGGAUAUAGCCGGAAUCUGCCGAAAUGUCCCUCAUGAGCUAGCCCUCACUAAAUUACGAGUAUCUCACAAAUUAUGCAACCAAAACUCGAGGCGAUCCUUCACACAGAUCUUGCUAAGAUUCAUCUGAUAUUAGAAAGAAAGAAAGAUACAUUUAUUAC